GUCUGUUCUGUCAUGUCAUGUCACAAAAUUUUCAUUUCGGCAGCAGUUCAUUUUUAUCAGCAGAUAAUACUAUCAGUCAUUGUGCUAAUGGUUCUCAAAUCUUUUAAAACUUCAUAGAAAUAAUUGAAGCAAGUUUUAAAAAUGGCGAACGUUAACGAGGAAGCCAAUGAUGAAAAUAAUAGCUUAGUACCAAGUGACAAUAAUGCUACUGAACCAACUGAUGAAAAUGUCGAUAUCAAUGCUCAAAUCGAUGAGCAACGGCAGCGAAUGCAGCCAACAAAGCUUGAAUCAUUUUUCGCAAUAACUAAAUCACUUAUUAUUAGAGCAUUAGUAGUGUACUUCAUUACUUCAAUGUUUCGCCAGCCUGCAGCACCGAAACCUGAUAUCAACAAUCCUACAGGAAGCCCGCGCGUCCCUGCGAUUAACAUGUUUGCAAAUGGGACAGUGUUAGACAUGUAUUGUUAUAUUUCAGAAAAUACUUUUUUGAACAAUUUUGAAGAUGGCAAUUUGAUAUGGAAACAAACAGGACUUGUGUAUGGUGAUUGGUAUGGAGGUCCAAAUAACGAUGGCACAUUUACAUAUUCAACAGAUAUUACCCCAUCGGAGUCUCUAAAAAAUAAUGGCUCAAUCUAUUUGCAUGUGUUUGUGGUUCAGUCUGGAAAGUCACCUGACCCUAAAAAUAAAGAAAAAUAUGCUGGCCCUUAUGUGUCAUAUGGCAAAAAAAUGUUAAAUAAAUAUAAAAAGCUGAGAUAUCAAAAAACACAUAACUUAUUGACAGGACAGACUGAAAAAUCCGAAGAAGAAAUUAAAAAAGCAGAGACCUUGAAAGAAGAAAUAGUUUCUCAUUGGCAUCCUAAUUUAACAAUCAACAUUGUGACUGACCAAACUAAUUGGGUGCAAGGGACUGUACCACCACCACUCGAUGAAUUCAUUUUCUUUUUGCCUGAUGGCAAACAGUACAAACCUGCAGUUUUUCUAAAUGAUUAUUGGAACAUGAUGAGAGACUAUACACCAAUCAAUAAAACUACAACCAGCUUGAAGUUGGAAUUGACAUUUCAGCCACUGAGUCUUUUCAAAUGGCAGUUAUAUACAGCACAAGCUAUGAGGGAUAAAUUGAGCAUGUUCUCGGCCUUGGGAGCAGAGGAGCAAGAUGAGGAACAAGACACUGUGAAGGAACUCCUUUUGGACACAUCACCUUAUCUUCUGGGCUUGACAAUAUCCGUAUCCAUUCUUCAUUCUAUUUUUGAACUUUUAGCAUUCAAAAAUGAUAUUCAAUUCUGGAAUAACAGACAGUCACUGGAAGGAUUAUCUGUGAGAUCUGUAUUUUUUAAUGUUUUCCAAUCAUUGGUUGUACUUUUGUAUGUGUUAGACAAUGAGACAAAUGUGAUGGUCAGAAUAUCCUGUUUCAUAGGUCUAAUAAUUGAACUGUGGAAGAUUAAUAAAGUAAUGGAUGUAAAAGUAAAUAGAGAAGAGCGUAUAUUUGGAAUACCUAAAUUGACCUUUACUGACAAAGGCUCCUAUGUUGAAUCUAGUACUAAACAGUAUGAUAUGUUGGCUUUCCGCUACUUGAGCUGGGCUUGUUUCCCCCUUUUAAUAGGGUAUGGAGUGUAUUCUUUACUGUACAAUGAACAUAAAGGGUGGUACUCAUUUAUUCUGAAUAUGAUGUAUGGAUAUUUACUCACUUUUGGGUUUAUUAUGAUGACUCCACAACUGUUCAUAAACUAUAAACUGAAAUCUGUUGCUCAUCUGCCAUGGAGAAUGAUGACAUAUAAAUUCCUCAACACAUUUAUUGAUGACAUAUUUGCUUUUGUUAUUAAAAUGCCAACAAUGUAUCGCUUGGGAUGUUUUAGAGAUGAUAUUGUUUUCUUCAUAUUCUUAUACCAACGCUGGAUCUAUAAGGUAGACCACAAGAGAGUCAAUGAAUUUGGGUUCUCUGGUGAGAUGGAAGAACAGCAAAAGCUUGCAAAGAAUGGUACACCAGCUAUUACAGAAUCAGAGCAGCAACCUGCGGAUAAGAAAAAUGACUAAAACUAUAGUAAAAUUACCCAUAGUUAAUAUUAUAACUAUUUACAUAAAGAUACUAUAGAAUACCCUUUCAUGUAAUUUAACAUGCCAUCCCAUUAAAAUGUAUGGAUUGUUUAUAGGACAGAAAGGUAUUUUAUAGUUUCAAUAAUAAUUGUGUUUGUGUAGUUAGCAGAAAUAGUAUUUGUCAUAAAAAUAGCUAUAAAAGUAUUAUCGCAAAUAUAUCUAGUGUAAUUAAGACAAAAAUGUUUGAUAUUUAAAAAUUCUUAAACAAAUUCCUUGUGUACCAAAAGAUCACUCAGAAACAGGCUAGCAUAAUUAUUGAGUCCUGAAUUCUUAAACAUUAAAACAGCCUUGAAUCACCAAAGCAUAAAAUAAAACAAUCUAUUUUGCAGUUUAUUAAUAAGGGCUUUAAAAUACACCACCCACUGUUUUGGCUACUUUACUAUUACAAUAGCUUUUGCAUUUAUCGGUUAUAAUAGCAUUAAAUAUUACAUUAAAAUCAAUCAAUUUCACAUUAAACUGAUUUUAUCAACAUACGUCAUGCAUGAUUUAAUCAUUUUUGUGGGUUGGGUUGGUGUAUAACGACAUGAAUUGAAUAAUUUCGAAUAAUUAGGUACCUUAAUUUUGACUAUGUAAUAGUGUCAAGGAUAAUUACAUGGGAUAUGUUUUGGGUUAAGUUGUUAUUAUCUAUUCUAAAAUUUUAUUAGUGCAAUACACAGUACAAUAAAAUAUAUUGCUCCUGUCUCAUAAGAUGAUAAAAUAAAAUUAAGGAUUAAUACUCUUUUUAUAUGAGUGCUCAUUGAUCUAAUUUAAAAUAUUUUACCUAGGUGAUUUGUAUUUAAUUAUCUUUUUAAAUUAUAAAAACUAAGGUACCAACAUGUUUGUGAUUUUAUGCUCAUAAUAAUAAUUUAUUAUGCUUCUUUACAUUACAAGUAAUUAUACAUUUAUUUUAGUGAGAAAUCCAUAUGUACCAAAAACAUUAACAGCACUGACAAUAUGCCUCAUUGAAAUUGUGAAGAGAUUAGACCCAUUUCGUACUAAUCAACAUAGGUAUGAUGAGAACCACGCAAGUCGUAGGUACCUAUGUAUGUUUUUCACAAUAGUAUUUCAGAUUGGGAAUUUUUUAAUGUUCUAAAAUACGUCUCUACGUUGACUUAUGGAAAAGGGUGAAACUUUUUGAUCUCGAUACUUCUAAAUCUCCCAAUGUAAGCGUUAUGUUCAGAUGAAUCAUAGCAGAGCGUAGAUAGACAGACUCAAACUAAUGGAAAUAUUAUUAUACCUAUUCUAUUUCUGCUUUAAUUAUGUAAACAUUAAUUUUUAUAGCCACUUUUAAGUUCUUGGUUGGGAGGGGGAUCUCGCACGUAAAUAGGCAUGUACCUACGUGACAACGGAUGUUAUAGUUUAACAUAAUUAAUUACUUAAUUGUGAUUAAUUGACUUGUUGCGGACUCCGCGUCCGCAUAGGUUUGAACAAAAAUACGCUCUGCUUUGAGCUCCUUGUAAUUUUCGCCCUCUAAGCAAUUGUAUAUCGUUAAUCGAUAAGUUUUCGUUAUUUUUAUCUAUCUGUUAUAUGGAAUGAUUGAUAAUAACGUCCUAUAUUUAUUUACAUUUUUAUAGCUAUAUGCUUUAUUGUCACCAGACUCGGGAUUUUGUUCAAUUAGUAAUUAUUUCGGUUGUGACAAUCUGUACCUAUGUAUGUGCUACACUGGUUGAGAGAUCUCUGAUUACAGCCCGCGACAUAUUAAUGUAUGAAGCACAAUGUUUAACUUAGUUCCGUAAUAUAUAAAUGUGUAAUAAAUUUGUUGUUUCCAUG